AUGAUGACUGCUGAGUUGAGGGAAGCCACAAGUCUAUCCCCCCAGGCUGCACAGGAUAAGGAUGGCAUCGUGAUAGUAAAGGUCAAAGAGGAAGAUGAGGAAGAGCACAUGUUGGGGCAGGAUGCCAGCCUGCAGGAGUCUCCUCCUCCAGACCCAGAGAUCUUCUGCCAGCGGUUCAGGCACUUCUGUUACCAGAACACUUUUGGGCCUCGAGAGGCCCUGAGUCAACUGAAGGAACUUUGUCACCAGUGGCUAUGACCAGAGAUAAACACCAAGGAACAGAUCCUGGAGCUGCUGGUGCUGGAGCAAUUCCUUUCCAUUCUUCCCAAAGAGCUCCAAGUCUGGCUGCAGGAAUACCAUCCUGAUAGUGGGGAGGAGGCUGUGACCCUUCUGGAAGAUCUGGAGUUGGAUUUACCAGGACAGCAGGUCCCAGGUCAAAUUCAUGGACCUGAGAUGCUCGCAAGGGGGAUGGUGCCUCUGGAUCCAGUGCAGGAGUCCUCGAGCUUUGACCUUCAUCAUGAGGCCCCACAGUCCCAUUUCAAGCAUUCAUCUCAGAAACCCCGCCUCUUACAACCACGAGCUCUCCCUGCCACCCAUGUUCCUGCCCCUCAUCACGAGGGGGGUCCCAGAGACCAGGUGAUGGCAUCUGCACUGUUCUCGGCAGAUUCCCAGGCAAUGGUGAAGAUCGAGGACGUGGCUGUGUCCCUCAUCCUGGAGGAAUGGGGAUGUCAGAACCUGGCUCAGAGGAAUCUCAGUAGGGACACCAGGCAGGAGAAUUAUGGGAACGUGAUUUCCCAGGGUUGUGAAAACAGGAAUGAAAAUGAAGAGUCCACCUCAAAGGCUGAAAUUGCAGGAGACUCAGCAUCACAGGGGGAGACAACAGGAAAAUUCCAGAAAGAUUUUGGAGAAAAAUGUGAACAGCAGGGCAGAGUCAUAGAAAGGCAGCAGAGAAAUCCUGAGGAGAAAACUGGAAAAGAAAAGAGAGAUUCAGGGCCAGCUACAGUCAAGGAAAAAAAAACCGGCACAGGAGAGAGAGGUUCAAGGGAGAAGGGUAAAGGACUGGGAAGAAGCUUCAGUCUGAGGUCAAACUUCAACACCCCUGAAGAAGUUCCGACAGGAACGAAGUCCCACAGAUGUGAUGAAUGUGGUAAAUGCUUCACAAGGAGUUCAAGCCUUAUUUGCCAUAAAAUAAUCCACACUGGAGAAAAGCCCUAUGAAUGUAGUGAGUGUGGGAAAGCCUUCAUUCUCAACUCAAAUCUUGUCCUGCAUCAGCGAAUCCACACAGGAAAGAAGCCUCAUGAAUGUAAGGAGUGUGGCAAAGCCUUCAGUCACAGUUCAAAUCUCAUUCUGCAUCAGCGAAUCCACUCUGGGGAGAAACCCUAUGAAUGUAACGAGUGUGGGAAGGCCUUCAGCCAGAGCUCAGACCUCACUAAGCAUCAGAGAAUCUACACGGGAAAACCCUAUGAAUGUAGCAAGUGUGGGAAAGCUUUCAACCGAAACUCAUACCUUAUUUUGCAUCGGAGAAUUCACACCCGAGAAAAACCCUAUAAGUGCACAAAGUGUGGCAAGGCCUUCACCCGGAGCUCGACCCUCACUCUGCACCACAGAAUCCACACCAGAGAGCGAGCCUCUGAGUACAGCCCCGCCUCCCUUGACGCAUUUGGAGCGUUCCUGAAAAGCUGUGUGUAA